CCUCAAGUAGGCGACACGGAGCAGAAGCAAGAAUUCGCCGGAUGCUGACCCUGUCGCCGUGUAUGCGGCCGCCAGUCGACGUUGCUCUCUGGCAGCUGCCAAGAGAGCCCUCGUCGUCACUGCCUCACCAUCAGUUUCCUUCGCUACUUGCUGCCCGCGACGCUCUCUCGCUCACUCGAUCGGGACGAAACCUUUGCUUUUGCUCCUGCGGCUUGUGUUUUUUUCCUCGUCUCGGAGGUUCUUAACUUGGCAUUGUGGGUAGGUUGGGUGAGUAUAUAUACGAGUUUUCUUCCACUGGGACUGUUUCUGUACCAAGCGCGUUGGGGUCUGGUGGGAGAGCUGCUGGAUUGGUCUUGGCAACUGGUUUUGAAUGAUGUGUGCCCGAGCACGUGGAUUCUGGUUGCGAAUUGGACGGUUUUGGUGAUUGGCUUUUGGUUGUCAGAGAGAAGUUGGCGGAGUGCGUUGAAGGUGAUUGCAAAUGAAAAGGAAUUUGGGUGAUUUUGGGUCGACAUCUUUGGGGAUUUUUUAGUCACCCGAGUUCGCGUAAACUCGCCGCUUACAUUUGAUCAAAGAGUUGAAUUCGACCGAAAUUUACCAUGUCCGCCGUAAGUGUGCACCCUACGAUGGGUAUCCCCCCCAACGGAAUCAACAUUGUUGGAGACAAGAUUUCGCAGCAAUUCAUCUCCUUGAGUUUACCAAGUUUCCAAGAGCUUCAGCCCAAAGAAGAAGAUAUCCCUCUGUUGGCUUAUGGCAAGCACAUGCAGUACAAGAAAGAAGAAGACUUCGCUUUAGCAGUGACGAAUUGCGAGAGAGUUCCUGGUGAUUCAUCAACCAAAUUCGGAGCGUUUAUGGUUUUCGACGGUCACAAUGGACCCGCAUCAGCCAUAUACUCGAGGGACCAUCUUCUCAAGGAUGUCAUGAGUUUCAUGCCGCAAAAUCUCACCAGAGACGAGUGGUUGGCAUUUCUACCGCGGGCCAUGGUCGCAGGGUUCGUGAAGACGGACAAGGACUGGCAGAAAUUCGGUCAAACAUCAGGCACAACCGCCACAUUAGUAAUCGUGGAUGGAUGGACCGUCACCGCAGCAUGUGUUGGAGAUUCACGGUGUGUUCUAGAUGCUCAAGGAGUAGCGACGCCCCUAACAAUCGAUCACAGGCUCGAUUCUAAUGAGGAAGAGCAAGAGCGCAUUAGAGCAAGUGGAGGAGAAAUUGGAAGGAUUAAAAUUUAUGAUGGAGAAAUCGAGGUUGGCCCACUUAGGGUUUGGCCAGGUGGUCUUUGCCUCUCGAGGUCGAUUGGCGACAUGGAUGUGGGAGAUUACAUCGUGGCUGUGCCUCACGUUAAACAAAUUAAGCUUUCACCUGCUGGAGGAAGGCUCAUUAUUGCUUCGGAUGGAGUUUGGGACGCCAUUAGUUCGAGGAAGGCAGCCAGAUGCUGUCGAGGGGUGCUGCAACCAGAAAUUGCUGCCAAACAUGUGGUGAAGGAAGCAAUACGGGCCCGUGGACUAAGAGACGAUACGACAUGUUUGGUAGUUGAUAUUGUCCCACGCAAUUCUGAAGUACCUUUUGCUCCAGCAAUGAAGCAGCAAUCUAGCUUUAUGAAGUUGUUGCGUUGCGGAUCAGUCAAAGAAGCACAUAUCGGUGACGAUGUCCACAUAAUGGAGGAGAUCUUUGAUGAAAACUCUCCAGCUCUGGCUGAAAGGUUGGGGCCAGAUUCGUCGGUCCACGCUGGAAGUGGCCUGUUCCUGUGUGCAACUUGUCACUGCACAUUGGAAUCCGGUGCAGGAAUUUCGGUACACGCUGGAAACUUCUUCGCCCAAGUAGCCGGAAAGUCCUGGGAGGGUCCGUUUCUGUGUGCAAAUUGCAAGUUUAAACGAGACACAGCAGCAGAGAAAGGACUCUAGACAUCAUGUAAAAACAGGAUGCUAAACAUGAUAGGAAUCCUUGUUGAAGGCGAGGUGUAUUUUGUCUAUUUGGAGCCCAUGAAAUAUUAUGAGUCAGUUUAUAUAGGACAUAAUCGCGGUGCACCAUGUGCUGGAACGGCAUGCUCAGGAUGGUCAUAAUUGUACAUAGGCAUACAGAGAUUCAUUUAUGUAACUAUAGAAGGUGGCAGCCCAGUAGUUUAUCACUUGAUCGAUCCAUCGCUAGAAUCACAAAGAAGCAAAUGAAUACCCAUGGAUAGAAGGAAUAUAGUAUUUUGCAGUAGAGUAGCAGUGGAAUUGAAUUUUACAUAUAUUUCAGAAGUGGGUAUUUUGGGGUCAGGCACCCACAGAUUCACAGCAAA